AAAAGUCAAGAUCUUACCGCUCCGGUGGAGGAGCUCGCGAAGACAUUUUUCAAUAUUUUUGUCUUUCUCCAGCUCCCCAAUUUAUUUAACGAUGCCGCGUCCUAUGCACAAGACGACGGCGUUGCCGCGGACGCUUCGUGAUGAGCUGGGAAUUAAGGAUACUUAUGGUGAAAAGAAACGCAGACGGAAUAAUGGACCCGCGUCUCGCAAAGAGCGGCGCAAGGAAGAGAGAGCUCAGAAGAAAGGUCGUCAUGUACCACCGCAUGUGAAUCGGAGACAGUUACAUCACGAGGAUGACGACGAAGGUACCGAUUUUGGAGGAUCAGACUUUGGCUCUAACGAGUCUCAAUCGGAAGAAGAGGAGGACCGUUCGACGAAGUCCAAGCCUACGAAAUCAACGAAGCAACCGAAAUCUAUACUGAAGAAGUCUAAGAAAAGAGAUGUCUCCAAUGAGGAGGAUGAGGAUGGACCCGCUGAGCCAAAAUUGCCCAAGGCUGUGAAGGAGAAGCUGGAACAGGACGAUGCAGAAAUCGCUGCGCUGGAGAAGAGGCUUGGGAUCAAAGGAAAGAAGCUGCCCAAGUCCUUCCAGGAGGAUGGCCUGGAUGAGCUGCUGGGUGACUUGGCCAAUGGUUCGGAUAUGGAAAGCAAGAAACGCAAACGAGAAGCGGAUGACUGGUUACAGAUGAAGAGAAGGAAAGCACGAGGUCUCGCAUCUGAUGAGGAAGACGAUGAGAGCGACAGUGACCUUGGCAGCGAUGACGGCCUGUCCGACCUCAUGGAUGGCCUUGACGAAGAUGAGGAGGAGGACGAAGAUGACGUUGAUCUAAAUGAGAGUGAGGAUGGCAUCGAGGAGGACGAGGAGAGCGGCAGCGACGACGAGGAUGGUGACUUCGAAGGGUUUGAUGAGGAAGAAGAAGAAGAAGAAGAGGCACCUCGAAAGAAAGUCAGAGAGAAUCCUUAUGUGGCUCCUGUGUCGAACGGAGAGAGCAAGCAAAAAUACAUACCUCCAUCGCUCCGUGCACCAGCCGCAUCUGAAUCGGAGUCACUCACCCGCCUGAGAAGACAAGCUCAAGGGCAUCUCAACAAGCUCUCCGAAGCUAAUCUCGUGUCCAUUCUCGGAGAGAUCGAGAAGCUUUAUCGUGAAUACCCUCGACAGAAUGUCACAUCUACCCUGACGACAUUACUGCUGAAUCUUCUCUGUGAACGAUCGGUUAUGCAAGACACUUUCGUUAUCCUACAUGCCGGUUUCAUUGCAGCCAUCUAUAAAGUUGUGGGCAUGGACUUCGGUGCGGAGAUAGUGCAGAAAUUGGUCGAGACGUUCGACAAAGGCGGUGAUGAAAGAGGCGCAUUCGAGGGCAAGGAGGCCAUCAACCUCAUGUCUUUAUUGUCUCAACUUUAUAACUUCCAGGUCGUUGGAAGCACGUUGGUGUUCGACUACGUUCGCAUGUUCCUUGAGAAGAUCACUGAAUCCAACACAGAGCUUCUCUUGAAGAUCAUCAGAAAUUCUGGCCCCCAAUUGAGACAAGAUGACCCUUCUUCCCUCAAAGACAUCGUUCUCCUCAUUCAACCUGCGAUAGCCCAGGUUGGCGAGGAAUCCCUGUCAGUUCGUACAAAGUUCAUGAUCGACACCAUUACCGAUCUGAAAAACAAUCGCAUGAAGACUGGAGUAGCGGCGUCAGCUUUGAGCUCCGAGCACAUAACCAAGAUGCGCAAGAUCCUGGGCUCAUUGAACAACUCCCGUACGAUCCGUGCGACAGAGCCGAUUCGGAUCUCGCGUAUGGAUAUUCUCAAUUCGUCGAAGAAGGGGAAAUGGUGGCUCGUGGGCGCAAGCUGGAAGGACGAUCCUCUCGAAGCUGCUAGGCAAGAACUCGGCAGUCUUCCUCGGAAUGAAGCCCCUGUCGAAGACAGCGACGGAGAACCAGACCUCGUUAGCAUCGCAAAAGCUCAUCGUAUGAACACAGAUGUUCGUCGGUCGAUAUUUGUGGCAAUCAUGUCCGCAACUGACUACCGGGAUGCGCAUGUGCGUCUGCUCAAGCUCCGCCUAAAACGAACGCAAGAACUCGAGAUACCCCGUGUCCUCAUCCAUUGCGCUAUGGAGGAACAGGCGCAUAAUCCAUACUACACACUUAUCGCACGCAGAAUCUGCGGGGAGCUAGGACGCCGCAUCAAGGUCUCCUUCAUGUUCUCCCUGUGGGACAUUUUCAAGAAGAUGGGUGAGCAAGGAGACCUGGACGAGGAUGAGGAUGACAAUUUUGGUGCAGACGAGGAGGACAACAAACUCGAAACCAAAUCCGUUGUCAAUCUCGCAAAGAUGUACGGCAGUCUGGUGGCUGACGGGUCUCUGACUCUGGGCAUCUUGAAGAACCUCAACUUCGCCUACCUCCAACCGAAGACGAGCAUGUUCGUCGAACUCCUCAUCAUCACUAUCAUCCAGCAAUCGCAAAAGCAAAAGCAAAAAUCGAAGAAAAAGGAUGGCGAAGAAGACGCACGAAACGAGAAGCCUCUUAUGGAGGUAUUCCUUCGUACACGCGACACACCACAAGUUGUUAAAGGCCUGAUCUAUUUCAUACGCAAGGUCGUUGCGAAGACAGACAUCGUUCCGACAGAUAAGGAACGGAAGCUGGUGAAAUGGGGAUGCAAAGUCGCCGUGGAUGCGCUCAAGAUAGUCUCAGAUGGCGAGUCCGCUCUUGAUGCGUGAUAAUGGCCGCUGUUACGCUGAUUUGAUGAUUGUGAUUUUCCCGUUUUGUCAUCUUUAUGUAUAGAGAUACCUCUCAUUGUUUGACUGGGGAAAAGUUUGUGUGCUUUUAUCCUGUAAAGCGAGGACCGUCGCGCUCUUGUACGUCAUACUGUAUUUACUCCCGUAUGUUGCUUUGCAACCAGUCUCUAGCUCUGGGUUUUCUUGAUCUGGCCUAGCAAAGAAGGUUAUAU